AUGAAUGGACAAAAGGGUGAAGCUACCUUCAUUUAUGCUGGCUGCACAAAGGAUGCUAGAAAGGAUCUGUGGAAUAGGUUGAUUAACAUCAGCCAACAGGUGGAAUCCCCAUGGCUGUUGAGGGGAGACUUCAAUUGUAUCACUUCUACUAUUGAAAAAUCUGGAGGAAGAGCCCCAAAUCCUGCCAAGAUGAACACCUUCAGUGAUAAUAUUUACAGGGAUGGUCUCUUUGAUCUGGGAUUUAAGGGGCCUACUUUCACUUGGAAAAGGGGAGCUAUUUGGGAGAGGCUUGAUAGAUUGUUGGUAAAUGAUGCAUGGUUUAGCCAUUUUCUCCUCACCUUGUUCACUCAUCUUAGUCUUGCUGGCUCUGAUCAUAGACCCAUACUUAUAAGCAUUACUUCAACUGAUAAUUAUAACUCCUGCCCCCCUUUUAGAUAUCUUAACAUGUGGGCUGCACACCCUUCCUACAAUAAGUACAUUGCUGACCUAUGGAAAGGGGUUUCCCACCGUGACCCCUUUGUCAAGCUAAGUUUACUGCAAAUCAAGAUUGUUAGAGCCCUCAGAAGUUGGAGCUGGGAAACUUUUGGAAAUGUGCAUGCCAAAUUCCAGGAGGCUGAAGAUGAAGUCAAAAAUUUGGAACAAGGAGAAUAUAUUGGCAAUGACCACAACUUCAGACCCCAUAUUGAGAAGGCACACUUCCUUGCUGAACAGAAUUAUACUGUUGGCCUCAAGCUUACUGGUAUCCCCAAUGAAAAGGAAAUUUGGAAUGCAAUCAGCUCCAUAGACAGCAAUAAAUCUGCUGGCCCUGAUGGCUUCACUGCUGAAUUUUACAAGAAGUCCUGGGAGAUUAUUAAGGCUGAUGUUAUUGCUGUAGUAACAAGCUUAUUCCAAGGCAAUAAUAUUCCAAAGUACUUUUGUUCCUCCACCACUGUGCUGAUUCCUAAAUCUGAUAUACAGCAGAAUUGGAACCAAUUCAUACCUAUCUGUUUGACCACUGUCAUUAGUAAAACCAUCAGCAAAAUCAUUGUGAAUAGGCUACAACCUCACCUGGAUUCCAUAAUUAAACCCAACCAAACAAUGGUAGUUCCAUCAUUGAUAACACUCUUCUGGCCCAAGAACUAUUACAGGAUUUGA